CUCUUCUUCGGCUGCGGGUCGCCGGGAGACGGCCACUAAGAAGGGUCCUCCCGCAGGCGACGUGGCAGCAUCUGUAGGUCCGUUUGGAGGACGGUUGGCAGAACAAGGCAGCAGUGGAGGCCAAGCCAGCUUCGGCAGCCCGAAGAAGGGGCAGCAGGCUGGAGCUGCUCGACACGACCAGGCUCCUGCCAAUAGUCUCUUCCAGGCCCCAGUUCAGCAGAUCUUCCAAAGGCUUGUCGCGGCCGAAGAUUCGCGACCACCGAAAGCACGGCGCUUGCUGCCGAAAAGUCGUGAUCUCGAAGAGCCUCCGACUCGCAGGCGAAGAAGUGCUGUGCCCGCAGGCUUUAGAAGAAUCCUAUGCUGUACUCGCAGGCGAAGAAGUGCUGAAAGUAGCGACGAGCAACUCCUAUCGUCCACUAGCGCUGAAGCCGCAGCUCCUCGAACACAGCGACUAACGCGCCGCGAACGAGAAAUAAUGAUGCUGAGCGAGAUGGUCCAACUCCAAGCGGGUUUUCGCAGCUGCUCGCGGUCUCGCAGUCGCGGAGCCGCUUCCACUAGUGCUAGGUCGCGCUCGUCCCAAGCCGGAGACCGCCGGUCGUCCAGGGGAGGAACCACUGCACUUGCGGGCAGGCCUCCAACCACCGGAAGUGAUGUUGGUCAAGACGAUCUAUUUUCACCACACGAUCAUGCUCCGUCCGCGGACGCGGCCAUUGCGGAGAAGUUGUCCAACGGCCUGUGGCGUGUGUGGUUUCAUGUACUGGAUACUAACAAGAGGCUUUCUGCAACGGGAAACAAGCAAGGGAGUUCUAGUACAACUCCGGACGAGCUGCCCAUGGCACGACGCCGCACAUCACCCACACAACAAGAAGUCGCAGAGGAUCCUGCGCAGGAGCAGGAGGCCGACCGGUAUUUGCACUUUCUCCUGUGGCGGGGCCUGGACUUGAUUUCCACACUGAAAUUCGUUCCCAUCGAAGAUGGUGCAGAGGAGAUAACAUUUUCCGGUGGGAGUGCGACACCGGGGGCAGCAGCCGGGAACAAUGAAACGCCGUCAUGGGCCGAGCGCUCCAAGCCCUUCCUGGACCUGAUGCGCCCGUACUUGAACUCGGUUCUGCAGCUCGGCUCGGUUGCCACCGGAGCAGGGCUGGGAGAACCGUCUCUAGAGCUUGCUACAGUUGGUUUCGGGCUACAGGAAAUCGACCUGCAGGACGAUGAAAUGUUUAUAAGUUAG